AUGUCUUUCGAGGUCUAUCGGGUUGCCUACGCUGGUUUGCCACGUGACCACCACGCUAUUUUCGUGGUAACAGAUGACGAUCAAUCUGGCCAUCUCUUCCAAGUAACGGGCAAUAUUCAAAAUGGAAUGACUUUCGAGGAUAAACCCGGCAAGAAGCCUGAGGAGUCUGCGAGUUUUCAAAGCAAGGUUUUUGUUGGAAAGGUGUCGGCAGCAAAUUUCUCUCGUGUUAAGGCGAUCUGUGAGGCAAUUCCUGUACCAAAAAAGCAGUUCGAGGGUCCUCGGCGGCUCUAUCCUGAAGAGCCGAUCAAGCGCUGCCAGGAAUGGACGACAGAAGCCCUUGAGGCCUUAGUUAAUGAGCACGUCAUCGAGAGUUAA